ACAAUUCAGGCAGAAGGUUAAAAUUUUGUACAUGUCGCUCAGCACUACCUGGUUACAUGCUUUAAAGUUCAGUUUUUUAUUCCGAGAUUUUUUGCUGCGCUUCUAAACGAAUGAUAUUUCGAGCAAGUAAUUUCUGACGUAACCGGAGAUUAAUGUUAGUACAAUAACAUCAGCCUCUGUUAGCAUGUGCUAGGCGAGUUAGCUUAACGACAUGAUAACCCGGUAGCUCUUAGAGAAAGUUUUUCUUUUCAAAUAAGCUGCUGUAUUAUAACGUUAAGCUCAUUAGUUUAAACAUUUUAAUGUGUUAGGCGUGUUGUGUCGAAUCAACCACUCUGCUCAAAUCCGAUGUGUUUAUAUCCGUUAGCUUUGUUCGUCGUUGAAAUUGGAGCUAGCAGCAAUAGCUUAGCCUCUACGUAAACCAAAACAUCCAUCAAACUGGACAAAACAUUGGAUUUAGUUGGGUUUAAAUCGAGUUCGGCGGGUUCGCUGACUCCCCAGAAGAAGAUGAAGAAGAGAAAGGAGCUGAACGCUCUUAUCGGACUCGGUGACAGUAAGAGAAAGAAGACCAAAAAGGGUUCUGGGCACCGACUUCUCCGAACCGAGCCACCUGACUCUGAGUCCGAAUCGAGUUCAGAAGAUGAUGAUUUCAACAAUCCUAACAGUGGAGCUAACUUUGGCAAAAAAAGCUACUGGCAGUGCUGCAAUGUGUGCUACCCUUUAUUUUUAUUCAUCAUACUUGCUGCCUGCGUCAUGGCCUGCGCUGGACUCAUAUGGAUGCAGAUUGCAUUGAAAGAAGAUCUAGACUCGCUGCAAGAGAAGCUGCACAGCAUGGAAUCUAGCCAGAAGGUGUCAUCAAGUGAAAUACCCAAAAUAAGCGAGGACCUCAAAAACAAGGACAGAAAACUUGACGACAUUAAGAAUGGGGACAAGGGGUUGAGCAAGCUCUGGUUUAAUCUGACGGAGAUGAAUCGAAAGAUAACAUUGCUGGACUCUGCUGUUAACCAUUUAAAAGUCAACUUGAAAUCUGCUGCUGAUUUAAUCAGCCUUCCAACGACUGUUGAAGAGCUGCAAAAGAGCGUCGCUACGAUUGGCAGCACACUGACCAGUGUACAACACGAUGUGAAGACUAUGCAGGAUUCGCUAGAAAAUCAAAAGAAAGAAGACGACUCUAAGAAGACGACGAACAUAAAUGACCUUAAAAAAGUCAUGAGUGAAGUAAACGAGACGGAAGAGCAGCACCACGUGUGGACUGAUGAGCAGAUUCACAUCCUCCUCUCUACCGUGGCAGACCUUCAUCAGAGAGUGGCCUCGUUGGAGAAUGGGUCAAAACACAGCUUGCAGAAUAAUGAUGCAGCAGCUCCAGUGGAAAUCAGCAGUGAACAUCCAGAAACUUGGAUGAUCAAAGUGGUAACAACUAAGGCAACCCCUGAAGAUGUGAAGGGAAUAUCCACACCAAUGACGGAGUUACCAACUAGCAGACGUCCUCGCUUUUUAACCCCCAAACGAGCAAAGAGAAACGCUGGCCGAAAAUGUCUCACAAGGCUGUUCUUGCCUGGGGUCUCUUCUCUGAAAGACUUGGAAGACUUCUUCACACAAGCAGGGAUUGGAAAGAAUUCCCUUGGAGUCACCUACCAAGACUUGAAGAGAUUGUUUGGUACAUCGACCCCCAGUGAGCGUGCUUUGGAGUGCUUUGACAGCGACGGAGACCAGAGGUAUUCCCUGAUGGAGCUGAGAGCUGCUGUGGGUUUGUGAAUGCAGCUUCACUGACCGCAGCGACCAGUAUUAGAUACCCAGCAGGGCCUGGGGGGGGUUUGGGGUUCCCAACCCAUUUCUGAAACUGCUGCACUUUUUUGUGAUCUGAAUAUUUGUCUUACUGAAAAGAUGGCACUGAUAUGCCCCCCACUUCACUCACCCCUCACCCUCAAAGUUCACUUCUAGACAUCAGUCACAAAUCACUACUUACAUUUUAGACAAAAUUCAGACAGGCAUCUGUAAGGAAAACAUUCAGAUCUAAUGUAGCCAGGUCUUUGGUUUAUUUCAGUAAACCACCGAUGACCAUUGGUGUUGUUUUAAUCUCAUUCCCGAACACCAGUCUUUCUAUAUUCUUUUCAUCCAUUUCCUCCAUUUUCCAUCAGGCUUUUCUUGACCCAUCAAGUUCCAAAUGUUCUCAUAAACACCCGGUACAACUUUUAAACUCUGUGUUUACAAACGAACACUAGGAAUGGCAUUGUCAGACAAUUAUUCACCUCAAGUGAAUACUGUAGUUUAAACUUUUUGGGAUAAAACAAAGUGUUUUUGUUCUGUAUUUAUUCCUCCUUAUUUUCACCAGGUUUAUAACGGAUCACAUAAUCUGUUCAUGUAUUUAUACUUUUUAAAAUUUAUUUUGUCAUGUUUUGUAGAUAUGAAGGGCUACGAACACUUUGAAGUGGUUGUUUAUGAGACAUGCAGCAAUAAGUAAGUUUGAGAUGUUGCAGUGGGAAAAAGGCAACCCUAGCUCAUCAUAUAUAUAAAAGGUAGUGUAAGAAACACUGACAAUCACUAUUUCCAAUACAUUUUAUUGCAUUUUAAUAGUGCAUCUAUCUACAUCGCAGAAAUAUAAAACUUUGUUGUGCUUUGUACAAAUGUAUUAUUAACUGGUUAUCUUGUUAAGGGGGCCAGCUUGUUGAAACUUAAUUUAUGGUCUUAAUCACAAUAUUUUAAUGAUUUAGUUCUGCAAAUGUUGAUUUUUGAUGUGACAUGAACUUUUUUUUUUUCAUUAAACAUGUCAUCAAUAGGUUAUGCAGGACAAUGGUUAUUUGAGCUCAUGUUGUCAGGGCCUUGGCCGCCAUCAUGGUGUAAAUUGUUGCUGUAAAUGAGAUUUUAUGAUUGUUUUUUGUUUGGGCACCAAUAAAGAUGGUAAAUGGU